AUGGCCAGCUUGCUUGAUGUGGAGCUCGGGGCAGACGGAGGAGCAAGUGCAUACCUCGUGCAGGAAUUACCCGUCGACGGUGUAGAUGCAGCGGGACCUGUUCUUCGCGUAAGUCCGCACAGGGUCCUGCUGCCCUUCGGAUGCGUUGUCCGGCUGGGUGGUUUGGACACAGGACCUGCGAGGCUGCGGCCCUUAGCUGGACGUCGAGCAGCGCUGCGAAGAGCGCUGGCUGAUGGCCGUCGGCUGUUGGCGGUCGAAGGUGAGUCUGCCCCCGUUCGGUUGCUUCCGCGGCAACUGUUGCCAUGA